AAAGUAAGGAUAUGUACGUCUAUUAUAUCAGGCACGGUAUUGCACGCUUAUAGUGGAGACUUGCAAUAAGUCUAAAUAAAUAUUUAAUCAGUCAGAAAGUCAGAAGAAUACGAGUAUAUAUCCAAAUAUGAUGGCACAAGGAGGACCGGGCGGCAUGCGUCCCCCAAUCAUUCUACUCAAAGAAGGCACAGACACGUCGCAAGGCAGAGCACAGCUUAUCAGCAAUAUUAAUGCAUGCCAGGCUAUCGGAGAGGCUGUACGCACAACACUUGGUCCCCGCGGUAUGGACAAACUCGUUCUGGAUAACGCCGGUAAGGUGACAAUCUCCAACGACGGCGCUACGAUUAUGAGUCUGCUCGAUAUUGUGCACCCAGCUGGUAAAACACUGGUAGAUAUUGCUAAAUCACAGGACGCCGAGAUUGGCGACGGUACGACAAGUGUGGUACUUUUGGCUACAGAUAUGCUCAAGGAGAGUAAGGCGUUUAUCGAGGAAGGUGUGCACCCGCAGAUCAUUUCCAAGUGCUACCGACAGGCUGCCGGCCUGGCCAUACAACACAUCAAGGACAUUGCGGUACAGAUCUCUCGCUCGGACGAGGGCGCUACGCGUGAUAUGCUGCUGAAGUGUGCUGCGACGAGUAUGUCCUCCAAGCUGCUAUCAAGUCACUCAGAUUUCUUCACAAAGAUGGUGGUUGACGCCGUGAUGGUACUCGAGGAUGAUCUGCCUCUUGAUAUGAUUGGCAUCAAGAAGGUAUCGGGCGGACAUAUAGAGGAAUCGAUGCUGGUGAAGGGCGUAGCAUUCAAGAAGACGUUCUCCUAUGCCGGUUUCGAGAUGCAACCGAAACGAUACACAAACCCCAAGAUUGCCCUAUUGAACGUAGAACUCGAGCUCAAGGCCGAGCGGGACAACGCCGAGGUACGUGUGGACAAUGUUUCGGAAUAUCAGAAGAUUGUUGACGCGGAGUGGACCAUUCUAUACGAGAAGCUAGACCAGAUUGUGCAGAGUGGGGCCAAGGUGGUGCUAUCCAAGCUACCCAUCGGAGAUGUGGCCACCCAGUACUUUGCCGACCGUGAUGUGUUCUGUGCCGGGCGUGUCUCGCUGGACGAUCUACGACGUACCGUCAAGGCGUGUGGGGGUGUGGUACAGGCCACGUGCUCGGAUCUCAACAGCAGCCUGGGUGAGUGCGAGCUAUUCGAGGAGACGCAGAUCGGAAACGAGCGGUUCAACUUCUUCACCGGGUGCAAGAAGGCACGCACAUCCACCAUCCUGCUUCGUGGAGGUGCGGACCAGUUCAUUGAAGAGACCGAACGUUCACUGCACGAUUCCAUCAUGGUGGUCAGACGCGCACUCAAGAGCGACACUGUUGUGGCUGGUGGAGGUGCUAUCGAGAUGGAACUCAGCCGAUAUCUGCGUGAACACGCACGUACCAUUCCGGGUAAGCAACAGUUACUUAUCGGAGCCUUCGCCCAAGCGCUCGAAAUUAUCCCGCGACAGCUCUGUGAGAACGCCGGUUUUGAUAUAACCAAGAUCCUUACCAAGUUACGAACGAAGCAUGUCAACGGUGGUAUGUGGUACGGAGUGGAUAUCAACACAGAAGACAUAAGCGACAAUAUGGAGAAAUUUGUGUGGGAGCCUGCGGUCAUGAAGAUCAAUGCUAUUGGAGCCGCCGCCGAGGCCGCUUGUAUGAUCCUGUCAGUAGAUGAAACCGUGAAGAAUCCCAAAUCAGGACAACAGCAAGGAAGAUAAUUGAAAACUUAAACCAGUGAUCGACUCGAGUGGGACCGGUUGUCGUACAGGUGUAUACGACUGUCGCCCAACCAGUUUACAACGGCAGUUGAAUCGCCUUCGUCGAGCUGGCGGGAUGUCGCGAUGUAUAUAUUGACAAUAAAUAAAUGUUAGCUUUUGACCCAAACUAAAUUGGAGGUUACCACAGAGGAUCAUGUCAAAUCUGGCGACUUGGCUGCCUCUGCUUCAUGUGAAACUGCAGAACCCACGUAUUUCCGUUGUAUGUUCGAUUAAAAUUUAUUUGUCGAGCAGAGUGCCC